CAAUUUGAAAAGUGUUUAGUGGGGAGUGACUCACUGAUUCACUAUCAUAGAAUGGUAUGAGUGUAAUAAAAGUGGAAGGAGAAGAGAGGAUAGUGUGGGCGAAAUGGGGCGAGCAGCGAGAACGAGAAGCCAGCGAAGCGAAUGCCAGGCCAUACGAUACGAUGUUCAGUGCUUGACUGUCAUUCAAUAGGACAGCACAAUAUUUUUUUUUCCUCAUUCAUUUUUUUUUAAACAUAUUUCCAUUUCGAUACACACGUUUUCAUUCAUUAUUCAUAAAAUGAAGAAAAGUUUUCAAGAAUCUCUCUCUUGGAAAUUAUGAUCGGAGGAAGGAAAAAGGAAAAAUACAUCACCACUAAAUUGUCUCGUGAUUUCUUCUCUAAUACUAUUUUCUGCAUUUCAAUGAAAACAGCUGUCAACAUCAGUGCUCAUUAAUAGUUUGUAACAGCUCCGAGUUGACUGACCCGGUACAAGAAAUCGCUUUGAGUCUUAUCCAAACACCAGCAAGUUUCAAAAGAAAAAGAGGAGACGAAGAAGAAAGAAAGUGAAAAGUUGUGUUGUUCUCCAGAGAGGAUUGCAGUGUUUUUUUCUUAUUGUGAUGCUGCAUUAUUGUAUUCUCGAUCUGAUUUUAGUAAUAGUGCAAGAGUUUAUUUUUGGAAUACUUGUUGCUGUAAAUAUUCCUCAUAUUCAUGAGGAAUAUUUCUUGAUAUUCGUGAGAAAUAUUUCUUCUUCAUGAGGAAUAUGUCUUCUUACUCAUGAGGAAUAUUGUGGAAAUAUCAGUUUUGUGAGUGGGGAAGAAUAUUCUUUUUUUUUUAUCAAGACACCUUUUCGUUGUGUGGAUUUAUUUUGGAGCCUGUUUUUUGCACGCGUGAUUUUCCGUCUGCGUGGAAGAAAAAGAGAGAAAGACCAUCUCAAGAGAGAGAGAGAUCACAAUGCCAAAGACGAGGAUCAACGACCAGAAGAGGUGUUCACGAAGCGCAAGGAAAAAAAUUAUCUCGAAACUUCCUUUCCGUCUUUGAUGCUUGAAACUUGUCCAUCGACGUCGAGAGUUUGUGUUUAUUAAAAGAGAGGAAAGAAAAAACAAAGUCCUUUAUAAUACCGGAAAGACAUUUAGAAGAUUGAAAGAGCAGACAGUGUGAUUCAUUCAAAAUCAUAUAAUCAACACACCCGACAGAUUAUAAAACGUGCCAUUCCUUGUUUUAUUCGAUAGAGGAAUGUGAGUGCCUCCUGCAAUUCUGGUGACUAAUAUUUUUUCCUGAUUUUUUCUCUCAAUAAAUCGCAAAUUCUCUCUAUCUUCUCGAUUUAAUCGUUUCAAAAUACUCUUAUCAAGAAAAGAAGAAAAGAAGAAAAAGAGAAAAAGACUUGAAAUGAAAAAAUUUCAAAUUUCAAAUUGAGGAGAGAAAAAAAAGGAAAUUAUGAUGGAAGUGAAACCGGUACCAAAACCGAGAUCAAUCCUCCAAGCAGAGAGAGCAAUUCCAAUACCAGCGCCGAGAACAUUGCAAGUGACGAGAUCAUCAAGUCCAAGUGAAUCGUUGCAAUCGGAAAAAAGUGACGAGGCAAAAUCAGAAUCGAAAACAAAUUCGGAAUUUUUCAAAAAUUUGAGUACAUGCUCAAAGCAAUUGAAGGAUGAAAUCUCCGAGAAAAUGACAGUAAAGGGACGUGCCGUUAUAUCGAGUACACGAAAUGCGAGUAUACGUUUGGAGAAGUCGGUGAAGAAUUUAAUAACACGUCGUUUGGCCUCACUCAAUCAGGACGAUAUUCAAGAUAUCGAGAGUAAAGCAAAAAAUCCAAUUGAAGACGAUCGUUGCACAUCACUACCGGCAAAUGAUAUUUUCAGUACAAUUUCAUUUUACAGUCCACUAAAUAGUAAUUUGAAGAGUGUGAAAAAUGAAGAGGAUUUGUCUGGUGCGAGGUAUAGUCCACCGCCUCCCGUCUAUCCACCGCCACCACUUCCCGAUGAAUCAAUUUACGAUGAAUUACAAUCAGUCACUUCGGGAAAUAGUAGCAGUCGUUACGAUACAUUGAGUUCAACAUUCUCCGAGAGGGCUGAACGUGACUUCACCGCUGAGCCAUUUAAUUUAUUGAAAUUCGCCCAAAAUCAUGGAAGUGAUUCCGAUCAGAGUUUAAAUAUGUCCGAUAUUCAUGGGAGUCAGGAGGUGGCGAAAAGAUUAUCGAGAUCGGAUUCAUGGACAUUUUACGAUGCUGCCACGGGAAAAUCUGAUAAGACUGAUGGCACUGAUGAAUUGGACAGGAUAUCGAGUGCUGAUGAGGAGGAGCCACCGAUUAGAAAGAGAAUUUCCUCUAAUUCGAAUAUUAGUCAUGUGUCUUUGCAGAAUUCUUUGUAUGAAAAUUGGGCUUUGAAGAAGAAUUCAUCAAGUGAUGAGAGUUCGGUGAAGAACGAGGAAAAUUCCCCGUCUGGCCCAAGAAGAGAGCAAUCGAAAUCGGUAUUAUACGAAUUUGAUCCAUUCGCAAAGACUGAGUGCAACGUUUACAGUAAUUACGAAAAUAAUGACCUCCUAUUAUUGAAGGCCUUCUUGGAGAACAAUGAAUCAGCGAGCAGUGGAGGAAGUGCAAACGAUAUAAGAGAAGAAAGAGAAGAAGAAGUAGCAGCAGCAGAAGAAGAUGAUGAUCAAGUUCAAUUAGAGGAGGAUUCAAUAGUUCAAAGUGAAAUUUCCACAAUUCCACCGACGCCACCAAGACGCUUUGAUUCAUUACCAAAAAAUGAAUACGACGAAGUUGAAAUGGUCGAAACACCAGAGAAAUUACCAACAAAAAAGAGUCCAGCAUUAUUACCAAAAUUGGCGCAUCUCGCCUCAAGAAAACAACCGGCAGUUCCGCCAAGGAAAUCGGCAAUUAAAAAUAAUAAUUUAAAUAAAUCACUCUCGGACACUGUCGAGGAGGCAAUUAUAAAUAAUAAUAAUAAUAAUAAUUCAUCGUCGAGUACAGCUGGUGCUUUAGUUAAGAGUUCAGAGGAGAAACGAACGAGUGUUAUGCAGAGAUUAAUGAAACCUAAUAAUAUGUUAAAUUUUGUGAAAAAUGGAAGUAAACAGCUAUUGUCAAGAAAUCGUGAAUUAGUUGAAGUGAAUGUGAAGAGUGUUAAUUCGAAGAAAUUAGAGAGACCAAAGACAUCGUUGGGAAAUCAAAAUCCACCGAGUCAUAGGGGUGUGAUUUACAGAUCGGGCGUUGGAAUUGAAAGAGCCAAAGAUUUAGUUUCGAGAGCCGCUGUUUUAAUUGAUCAAAAACUCUCGUUUUACAGUGAUAAAAGUAUGUCAACUGUGAAGGAAGUCAUUAGCCUUGAAAAGAUCCACAGUAUUCAUCUGUUGCAAGAUGUCAAAGUAGUCGAUGGUGAAAAUGUUCACUGCAUUGCAAUUCAUUGUGAAGGACGUCCGAGGGUUCAUGUUUUUUAUGCAAAAGGCAUUACGGAAAGAAGAAUAUGGGCUCAAAGAAUUUUAGAGGCGAUGACUCCGGUUUUUCCUAUUAAAUACACCUCAUUAUUAACCAGAGCUGGCUGGGCUUAUUUGAAGGAAGGUGUCACGGGUUCUUGGUUUCCGGCCUGGGUUCUUCUUCAUCAGAGAACAUUGGUUUACACUCGAACUUUAAAUCCUGUUGUUUUGGAAAAAAUUGAUCUCCGAAAGGCUCGUUGUAUCGUGCUACGAGAGCAAGAUGGACCGAAACCUGAGGCUGGAAAUAUUCCUGUUGUUGUGGUGGAUGCUGGGGGCUCAGGAGCACUUCAUUUGGCUGCACCUUUGUCCAGUGAAGCUGCAGCAUGGAGACACGCUUUUUAUCAGGCCGCGACGAAUUCCGGUCCUGCUUUAAAUCAACAGCAACUUAACCAAGAUAACGUGCCUGUCAUUCUUGAUAAAUGCAUCAACUUCAUCUACGCCCAUGGAAUAAUGACUGAGGGCAUUUAUCGUCGAAGUGGAUCUAGCAGUGCAGUUGUCAAGUUAUUGGAAGCUUUCAGACGUGAUGCUUGGGCCACACAAAUUACAAAAGAUUCAUAUUCAGAGCACGAUGUCGCAACCGUUUUGAGAAGAUUUCUUCGCGAUUUGCCGGAUCCUUUGUUCCCUUCGAAAAUUCACGACCAACUUUGCAGUACAAUUGAUAUUUCCAGUGACGAUGAGAAGGUGACGACAUAUCGAAAUCUACUUACGAAUUUGGAUACCGUUACAACUUCGACGCUUCAUCGAAUUCUUGAGCAUCUUCACUGUAUAACGCGAAAGAGUUCGAAAAAUUUAAUGACCGUUGACAAUAUUUCGGCAAUAUGGGGGCCAACAUUAAUGCACGCCGGUGGAAAUAGUGCCGAGGAUUGGAAUCGAUUGGAAUCAAAAGUUGUCGCCGAUUUGGUGAGAUUGUAUCCAAAAUUGUAUAAACUUUCGGCCGCUGAUCUUGCGAGGGAGGCGAAAAUUUUGGAGGUUCUCGAGCGUCAUCAUAUUUCAAAUAAUGGAUUGAGAGGUGCUCCGUCUGGGGAUUUGAAAAUUUGGAUUUAUCUCUUGUCGAGAGAGGGCGAAUGUGUUAAUGUCACGAUUGGACCGCAAAAAACUGCCUUCGACAUUUGUCGAGAAUUCGGUGAUAAAGUAAACUGUGCGCCUCAUGAACUUUGUUUAGAGGAAUACGAUCUCUCUGGUGCAUUGGAACGUCCUCUUCAUCACAGUGAGAGAGUUUUGGAGGUCGUUGCCAGGUGGGGAUACUGGGACCCCGACGACAGAAAGGACAAUGUUCUCAUUCUCAGAAAAGAUAGACUUUACAAAGAUAUUGUGCCUUUAGUGAAACCUCCCAUGACAAUUUCUGGUGAAUUGAAAUUCGCUGACACAAAAACGAAGAAUUUCAAGAGUUACUUGUUUGAAUUUAGCCAGGCGAAGUUGUGUUGCUAUAAAGAUAAAGUUUGUUCUGUAAAAUUGCACGAAUGGCGAAUUGAAGACAUCGCUUGGUAUUUGGGACAUGAGCCAAAAAGGAAUCCACAGAUGGGUUGGUGCAUCACUUUCAUUUUGAAAAAUAAUAAGCCAACGAGGUGCAAGGAAAAUCCGUAUUUUGGCUACACAUUGGCUGGUGCUUCGAAAGAUGAGCAGUACAGAUGGUUGGCAGCAAUGUUGUUUGGCGAAUAUCAAUGCAACUUGACACCAUCUGCUGUUAAUUUAAUGGAUGCUUAAUGUUUAUAAAAAAGAUUUUUUAUAACAAGCCUUUUACUUGCCUUAAGAAGCGUUUACAAUAUUUACUCAAUUUAUCUCAUAUCAAUUGUCUGCGAGAGGAUUAUGUAACUGAUUCUUUUAUUAUUAUUAUUAUCAUUAUAGAAGUGUGAGGUAUUUUUUACUACGAUUGCAAUCGACUGCAAAACCAAAAAAUUUCGAAAAAAUCUCUAAAUUAUUGCUUAUCCUCCUAGAGGAAGCAUUUUAUGUUAUUUUUGUCUGUUUUCGUU